CUGCAGACCUGAGACAGUUACAGAGGAUCCCGGGGGACCUCCGCGCCGCAGGUCUCUCCACUGCGCAUCUCCGUUCUUCCUUUCCGGGAGAAGAAUAAGAAGAUAUUUGUCAGAACGCCGAGCGACGAGCCGCAGGAAACUUUGGAGGAAAAACUACUUUCCAUUUCCCCCGUCCAUCCGGAGAGAAGAUGGGCAAUAGUGUGGAACAUCGUGUGCUCUCCAGGGAUCCAUCGGCAGAUAUGGAGCUCAAGCAGCCGGAUUCAGGGAUGUCCUCUCCGAACACCACCAUGUCUACGCAGCCGGCCCACUUUGACAUCGGAUCGCCCUCCAGUACACUUUCCAAUUACGACUCCUGUAACUCCAGCCAGUCCAGCACGGGAGACAAGAAGCAGAUUCAGCAUACGGGACCAAGACCCCCUGAAACGGCGACAAAUGACAUGAAAACUUAUAUGGACAUGCUGAAUCCCGAAAUAAACCCCAACGGAGGCAAGAAAGGUGACGGCAGUAUCCCUCCCCCACCGCCGCCAGCCUUUCCUCCCCCGCCGCCACCGCCGCCGCCAGCUCCUGACGCCAGACUCCCGCCACCCCCGUGUUAUCCAGCGCCAAGCCCUCCCGAGGGUCAGCACACUUCGGAGAUCUACGUCCAGGCCAAGAACAACCUUCGGCACGUGGAGAGCGAAAUCCUGCAGGAAGAGUUGACAUCGCGAGAAAGCAGUCCCGAGGGCCUACGAAGGGCCGACUCCUGCCGAAAGUCGAGGAACUUCAAUAAGCAGCCCAGCACUGGGGAUUACUACAAAUACCUGGGACAGAACUCCGCAGAGUCUCCGGAGGGCAGAAAGAUGGCACACAGCGAGGAGGGUUCUCUUCUAUCAAACGAGAGCAUCCCUAAUGGCAGUACUGCAGACAAGACGCCUGCAGGAAACGUUCCGCCUCCUCCAAUUCCUCCUCCUCUUCCAGGCAACCUGUGUUACCCACCUCCCCCUCCUCCGCUGCCAACAGAGGCUUCAGUUUCCUGCUCCAUGCAACGACGGUCAUCCAACUCUACUGGAAUGAUUGCACUCAGGCAAAGGAAGAGUACAAAGUCCUUCAACAUGAUGUCCCCAACUGGUGACAACUCGGAGCUGCUGGCAGAGAUUAAAGCCGGGAAAAGCUUAAAACCCACCCCACACAGCAAAAGCCUCACCACCAUCUUCUCGGGCAGCGGGCAGCAAGGAACAAAUCCAGAGGUUCAGUCUCCAUCGACCCCUCCUCCGACCUCUCCGGUCACGCCCCCCGAGAACUCCACCAUCUUGCCCAGUAAUGCAACAAGAAAGCCAUCGGAGCCAAUAGUAAACGGGAACUCCGCCCCGCCAGCUCCGUCGCAGAGCAGCCAGCUGGAUAUUGAGUCUCUGAUCCCCACCCACGAUGAGCAGGGGAGGCCCAUCCCGGAGUGGAAGCGUCAGGUGAUGGUGAGGAAGCUGCAGCUGAAGAUCCAGGAGGAGGAGGAGAAGAAACGCACGGAGCAGGAGGAGGCGGCACGGAUGUCGACCAUGCCGGCAUGGCGGAGAGAGAUCCUGAGGAAGAAGCUGGAGGAGGAGAAAGAACAUAAACGGAAAGAACAAGAAAAGGUAAAGAAAGAAGAGGCGGAUCGAGAGAAAGAGCAGUCGGAAAAGCUGAGGACAUUGGGUUACGAUGAGACCAAAUUGGCACCAUGGCAAAGGCAAAUUAUCCUGAAGAAAGGGGACAUAGCAAAACAUUAGACAUAACCAAUUCCUGCCCUUCACCUCCUUCUAUCCGAAUUUAGAUUGUCAGCUGUUCAAUAAGCGCUGCUCACCGUUACAUUUCACCGUAACGCGGCCCACUGAGGACACCAUAGGUCAUUGGGCUACAAGGUACCAUGGUGGUUACUCCAGAUGUUACAAAGCCUUUGAAGAGUGUUUUUGGCAUUUCACCAUCUUCCAGCUUGGGGGUAUCUAUAAUCAUUUGAGUAUUUAUAACUGUUUACAUGCCUUCCAAUUGUAGCUUCUUUUAUUAUUUAUUA